UAUUUAUAUAUCAAAAAAUCCAAAACCCCUUUCUCCUCAAACCAGAUCCGCACUCCUCUUUCAGCGCUAAAAUGGACGCCUUAGACUCUGUUUUCGAUCCUCUUAGAGAUUUCGCCAAAGACAGCGUUAGACUUGUCAAAAGAUGUCACAAGCCUGAUCGCAAAGAAUUCACUAAGGUUGCGACUCGUACCGCCAUCGGUUUCGUCGUCAUGGGGUUUGUUGGAUUUUUCGUCAAGUUGAUUUUUAUUCCUAUCAACAACAUCAUCGUUGGUGCUUCUUAACUGGCCUAGCGAAGGAGAAACUAAUUGGAAUUUGGAGAUGCAUAAGCCAGAAAGAUAUGCCAAUCGGCAAAUUUUAGUUUUCAAUGUGUAAUGAGUUGCAGUUGGACAUCUGAACGUUCAAAUUUCUAGUUUCUCAAUACUUAAUUUUUCAAGUCAGAACACUGCUUUUUUUAAAUCAUAAUUUCUUGGGUAAAAAAUGUGUAAAGCUAUUUGCACAUAAAACGUGCUUAAUUAUGCAAAAAGAGAGAGUCAUCUGCAUGAAUGUCUUGGGCUCUAGGCUGUUGCAUUUCCAAAGGCAUCCAGAGAAAACCUUUGGAGUUGGUAGUGGAGAUUUAUAGAAAAUUUGAAUUUGUCCUUAAUUUACAUUAACUUUUCCGAAUUAGCUUUGUAACCAAAAAUUGAGCAAUUCUUAUAUGCAUCUUAGUCCA